AUGGCAACCGAAAACAACAUCAUCAAUGAUCUUCGAGUAGCUUCGUUUUCAUGUUACCUAAAGCCCAUUGAAGAUGUGGUUAACAUGUUCGAUGCUAACGAAAGAUUCUCAAACAUGGCGAAACCAAGCAUUUUCACAGCAAGAACUCCAAGUAUUGGUUCACAAACAAGAUGCUAUAGCAACAACCGCGAGGAGACGUUGCUGAACCAAAAGUCCUCUAGCGGUAAGAGGUGGUUCCAUGGCUGCAAAGCUCCAUGUUCUACUAAGAAAGCUGUUUAUGUUCAACAAAGUAUCAAAAAAGGAGACCAGUUUACAUUCCCAGUUAUGAUUAAUCCUACCAUGGAGAUUGAAGUAUUCGGUUCUGGAACUUUAACCAAAGGUGACAUUGCGAAAACCCUGGUGAAAAAAAUGUCGACUUUAACUUGGGACGCGAUUCCAAAGAGCAAGGAGAGUGUAGUUUGUGAUGAUAUGGCGAGUGAGGCGAGUUCUGAUCUGUUUGAGAUAGAUAAUUUAUCGAGAACCGAGUGGCAACCGUCUGAGUCGAGAUUCAUGAGUCCAUCGGCUCAGCGUGCACUUAGUGAAGCUGGCAUCGAGUGGAGGAGUUGUGUCACAGCAAGUGGAGUAGAUUUUUCGUCUGUUUAUUCGUGUUUCGAUGAAAAACAAAUGCUUUACAACACAAAGGCUAAAACCAAGAUCGAGCAACCGAAAGCCUCAUCAAAAAAACUGAAUAACGGUAUGUUGGGAUGCAGUGGUUCCAAAUCAGUCAAGGUAGUCGAACCAGUGUAUAGAACGACCGACAAAUCGAACAUUAGAUACAUAUGA